AUGGAAGAAAAACCAAAUAAGACAAAGUUAAAAAUCAAUGCUUGCACUUAUCGACGUUUAAGUAUUGAACAUGAAAUGAACGAAAAUAUUCGUAAGAAAAAUCAUCUAUCAAAUUUACAUUAUUACAAACACCGUGAAAAUUUAUUUAAUAAAAGAAUUGACUCUCUUCGAAGAAAUCUUGAACAUAUUGAACCUCACGUUUCCGAUGAUACUGAUGAUGGAGAAACAUUAAUGACGCCAAAUUGUUUUGCACGUAUACAAAAUCAUUUUCGUUUAUUAAAUUUUUCAACUGAAUCGGAAAAACGGUUAUUAUGUCAAGCUCCAUCAUAUAAUAAAUCAAGUAAACAAAUAUCCAAUGAAUUGCCGAUGAUUUUACAAAAAAGAAAUUCUACUGCUAUAGAUCAAUGUGUCCGACGUGCAUCAUUUUAUCAAUCACGUACACCAGUAAAUUAUUCAUGUCGAACAACACUCAAUAAUCAUUACUCGAGUCCGGAAUCAGUUCAACAAAAAGUUUUGAAUUCCUUUGUUAAUCACCAAUUAGCUGAUGAACAAAACAAACAAAUGAAAAAUAAUGAACGAAAAGCUUUUCUUCUUAAAGAAUUCGACGAACUUAAACAUACCAUUGACGAUCCACAUUCGAGUCUUUCUGUACUUGCUGCACUAUCUCGAGCACUUCUCUUUCUAGAUUCUGGAAUAAAAUAA